AUGACUGAGGGUACUACUGCUACGACUGAGGAUACUACCACUACUAGUGUGACUACGACCGAGGGUACUACUGCUACGACUGAGGGUACUACCGCUAGUGGUGUGACCACGACCGAGGGAACUUCGGCUUCCACUACCUAUAAGGUCCCGACUACCCAUCCGACGCAGCCCAGACCCCCAAGACCCAGUACUACCAGCACCAACGCCAGUACCGACGGCACGAGCUUUACUGCGCCUGAAACCACUUCCGGCGACAGUACCGCCACAGGCGUGACCGCGGCUGAGAGUACUACUGCUACGACUGAGAGUACUACUGCUACGAUUGAGGGUACUACUGCUACGACUGAGGGUACUACUGCUACGACUGAGGGGUACUACCGCUACUGGUGUGACCACGACCGAGGGAACUUCGGCUUCCACUACCCAUAA